AUGGCUAUUCUGGACCGAUAUCCUCAAGAGCGCGACCUUUUCGGGGCCGUUAUUGUCCACAACCUUGACAUCAGCGUCCCCGGAAGGCUGCUGCAGCUACCAUUGCUCCGAGCCUUCGACCGGAAGUUUCGCAUGCUUCUGACGCUUUACUGCGAGCGGCAUGCCUUCUUCCCAGACCAGCAGAUCCUCAAGGAGGGCGAGGCUGGUGACAAGUGCUACAUAUUCAAUCUUGGUCCAGCCAUGCUGCAGAAAAAGGGCUUUACAGUGAAGACUUUCUCGCCGGGGUCACACUUCGGCUGCGACCACAUGCUGGGCAUCAACAGGCUCUACUGUGGCUCGCUGAUCGCCAUGACGGUAUGCCACAUCCUGGCCGUGUCCCGCAGCUCCUACCUGCUGGCGCUCGAGCAGUAUCCGUCGCAGAAGGCGAGCCAACAGCUCCUCCGCCAGCAGCGGGUGGAAGCCAAAGAGCUUCGCCAGGCCAUCCAGAGGAUAACGAUCCGAAAGAGCAUCUGGCAAAGAUACCAAGGCGAGAUCCACAAGGAGAAGAACAUGUUCUUCCUCUCUGAGCAUGACCUGGCCAAGCGAUUCAUGAAAGCGUGGUUCGAGACCGCCAAGGAGCUCAAAGCGAGAAGGUCGGAGCGAAAUCGCCGGAGGAAGGAGGUCGAGGAAAUGAUUGAGAACUGGAAGAUGAAGAACGAGGCAGGUUUGAAGAAAGCCGCGUAUAAGAAGAAGGAGAGAGAGAUUCUGGCCAGGAAUAUUCUCGAGAGGGGCCCACUGGAAUUCAUCGAUCCUCCAGAGUCUCAGACACCCCGGCUGCCGCGCAUACCGAAGAAGCAGACGCAGGAGCUGGUCUCCAUCCUCAAAGCCUGGCCCUCGCCCCGUCCAUCUCCUCACUACGAGCUGAAAGUAUGGAAUGUCAUGAGCAAGGAGCUUACGCAGCCGCCUCCUGGCGAAGCAGCCGGUGCUCGGCUGCUGCCAAUGCUGCAGGGUGUCCGCAGACGAGGCGAAGCCAUCCUCGAGGCACCAGGCUCCGAUGGCGAAGAGUCGGAAGAGAUCGAUCUAAAUGAGGAGGAAGAGGCUCCAGUCGUCGCGAUGGCAAGCAACAUGAGCACGACGGGCGUCGAAAGGGCGCGCCGCCUGACGCGCCUUCUGAAUGCCACGCAGGAGGUGAUGGAUUCCCAUCUCGGUUAG